AACGCGGUCAGUGUUGUCAGCUCCGCACAUCAGCAUGGCCGCACACUAGUUUGUAGGAUACUGUCUCUGUUUGCCAUACGUUUCACCAUUAAUUAUUGCUCCCCUCGCCUCUGAUUUCAUUUCAACCUUAAGUACAACAAUAAUUCUCUGGGUUGACGUGAAGUAAGAGGCUAACAGUAUAAGAAAUGCAUUAGUGCCAUAGCAAAGGAGUGCUGAACUGUAUGUAUAUACUUCAUAAUGGCUCAAGUUCCCAUGCGCAUGGCUCAGCCUAGCCUGGUGCCCCCCCAUCAACAGCGACCCCCCAUGAUGGUCUCCAUGACACAGCCACCACCUGUAUCCAUGCAAGGUCUGGUGAGCAUGGCGCCCAUGAUGGCUCCCGCUGGUGGGAUGGCUGUCAUGACUCAGGCCAUGAGUCACCCAGAUUCAGGUGUUGGUCCGGACCACCACACCCUCAACGCUCCCUAUCACCACCACCACCACCCUCAUCACCACCAUGGUCCUCCAGGCCCACACCACCCUGGUCCUCCACCACAUCACCCUAGUGGGCCUCCCCAGCCUCCCCCCACAGGUCCUCCCCCACACACAGGACCCCCACAUUCACAGUAUCAUCCAGGCCAUCAUCCAGCACAGGCCCCACAUCAUGGUCAUCCAUCUCAUGCACCGCAUCAUGGCCCUCAUCACUCAGCCCCACACACCACCCCACAUUCAGCUCCACAUUCUGGCCCACAUUCAGGACCUCACUCAGGCCCACACUCGGGUCCACAUUCAGGUCCACAUUCCGGCCCUCACUCAGGCCCACACACUGGGCCGCACUCUGGUCCACACUCUGGCCCUCACUCAGGACCACAUGGUGGACCACAUUCUGGCCCACACGGAGGCCCCCAUGGUGGUCCACACAGUCAUGGUGGUCCUCACUCUGGGCCACACAUGGGACUACACAGUGGCAACAGUGGUAGUGGGCCACACAGUGGACCUCAUGGUGGGCCACACGGAGGGCACCAUGGUGGACCAACACACCCUCAGUCUCAUCUACAAGCAACUGCCACUGUUGCUGGGCCUCCACACAUGACCCAUCCUCCACACUCUGUUAUGCAUCAUUCAACGCCUCACCAGAUGGGUGGGAUGGGUAGUGGUGGGCCAGCGGGGAUGGGGAGUUCUCCAAGUAGUAGUCAUCAACAACAACAACAGCAGCAACAACAACAACAACAACAACAACAACAACAACAACAACAGCCUCCACCUCCACAUCAUACACAAGUACACCAGCAGCCUAUGCCUCAGACAAUGCAGCAUCAACAGCAGCAGCCACAACCACCACCUCAGCAACAGCAGUCACAACAACUACAACAACAGCAACAGCAGCAACAACAACAGCAGCAACAACAACAAGACAUGAUAGGAGGCAGUGUAGUGGGCAUGAACUCAACUGUCAAUGGAGUCAACGUGGGCGGAUCAUCACCUACGAACUCAUCCUCUCUGACGUCCGUCUGUAUCCCUCUCGGGGAUUCCUCGGCCACGAGUAAAGAGAAAACACCAAUGUGUCUCAUCAACGAACUUGCUAGAUACAACAAGAUUCAACACCAGUAUUGCCUGACAGAUGAAAAAGGUCCUGCUCAUAAAAAGACUUUCACAGUAACAUUAAGACUGGGAGAGAGCGAGGAGUACACUGCUUCAGGUCCCAGUAUUAAGAAGGCCCAACACUCAGCUGCUGCUAUAGCUCUAGAGAAGACACAGUUUAAACAUCCUCCACCAAAGACUCAGAGGCAGAACAAGCAGACUAAACUGACUCCCACAGUUGAACUAAAUGCUCUUGCCAUGAAGCGAGGUGAGGCUGCCAUCUACACCUUCAUGGAGACACCCCGUCCUCCAAACCCGUACUUCAACAUGCCUCCAAAUAUUAGAGCCAUGUAUAACCAGAAGUACUAUGGCCGACCUCCACUUUAUCCAAUAUUCUUUGUAACAUUAAGAGUCGGCACCCGGGAGUUUAUCGGAGAAGGAACAACAGCCCAGCAAGCUAAGCAUAAUGCUGCAUCUAAAGCCCUGAAACUGAUGAAGACCCUCCCCAUGCCAGAAAAUGCCACCACAUGUACUCAGGGAGACCUUUCUGACCUGGAUCCCAAUGCUGAUUUGAAAUCACCAAUAUCCCUUGUUCAUGAAAUUGCAUUGAAGCGUAAUUUGACUGUGACGUUUGAGGUGAUUCGUGAGUCGGGGCCACCACAUGUGCGGACGUUUGUCACAGUGUGCUUAGUUGGGGAAUAUCGGACUGAAGGAGAAGGUACAGGGAAGAAGGUGAGCAAAAAGAGAGCGGCUGAACUAAUGUUGGAGGAGCUGCGUAAGCUGCCAGCUCUGCCACCAACCACUCUUGUGCGCAUCAAGCGUAAACCCACCACUAAGAAGAAGAGCCGAAACCUCAUCAAGGUGGGUCAAGAGGAACAAAAGGCUGCCCCAGAAUAUGGCCAAGGUAUAAACCCCAUCUCCAGGCUGAUCCAGAUCCAACAGGCAAAGAAGGAGAAGGAACCUGUUUAUACACUCCUGGCUGAGAGAGGUGUACCCCGCAGGAGAGAGUUUAUCAUGCAGGUGACCGUUGGCAGUCAGAGUGCACAAGGCAGUGGACCCAACAAGAAAUUAGCCAAGAGAGCUGCUGCUGAGAACAUGCUGCAGCUGUUGGGUUACUCGCGUCCUCAGCCACAACCAGGCAAGCCGGCCAUCAAGACUGAUGGUGCAAACUCUGAUCCAGACAAAACAAGGAAGGUAACCUUUCUGGAAGAUGGCGGUGACCAGCGAGGAUCAGAUGCAGCAGUGGUUGGUGGUGUUAAUAAUAUGGGCCAGAUGGGAGGACCAGUUGGUGGAGGCAGGCAGCUGGUCCCAGGGCUCAUCAUGAUGCCAGAUGGUUCAGCUCUCCAUGGCUUCCAACAAGUUCAACCACAAGGUAUGGGUAUGGUGAGUGUUGGUCCAAUGGUGAACAUGCAAGCAACUGCAACAAUUGCCAAAGAGUUGUUAAAAUCUGGCAAUUCCCCAACAGCAGAAGCCAUGGUGAAACAGAACCUUCCCUCAGGACCCCAAGGACCACCUCAGGGACCUCCACCUCCCAGUCAACAGGCUGCCAUGCACUCACCUCAGCAGCAACAAUCACCCAUGACAGGGCCUCCUCAACAACAACAGCAACAACCACCACCACAGCAACAGCAACAACAGCAGCAGCCUCCACCUCAGCCUCAAGUCGCUCAACAGCAGCAGGUGCCAGUGCAGCAGCAGUCUAUGAUUAAUCAGAGCCCCAACGUGUCAUCAACUCAAGCAGUGCGCCCCAAGGAUCAGCUGAUGUAUCUCGCCCAGAUUCUUGGGUUACAAGUGCAGUUCACUGACUUUCCCAAGGGUAACAAGAUUGAGUACCUUAGCCUAGUCUCCCUGUCCACCAACCCCCCUCAUGUCUCCCAUGGUGCUGGCCCUACAAUUGAUGACUCACAUGACCAGGCGUGUCUAACUGCACUACGAGCACUGGCCAAGAUGGGCCUGGAUACAGUGACAGCAGCCAAGCAAGACUAAAAUCCUGCCAUUGACCAACAGGAGGAUGACACCAAUACUUGCAUUGUUGCCUUCAUGCAGUUCUUUAAGUCAUUUCAGUAAGGAACAUUUUCCCGGUGUGCUUCUACGACUGGGCCUGAGUGACACACAUUAGCACUCAAGUGAAGAUUGUAAUAAUCAUUCUUGAAACAACAGCAGGAGCACAUACAGUACAGGACAGGUCAUGGAUAUUAAUAGGUACAUAAGUUUCAAGAGUUCUUAAGACCGUCUUCAUUUAUGUUCCACUUACUUUACCGACUUUCAAGACUUGAUUCAGUCGGCAACAUUGUCGCUUUAAUGUUGAGUUACCCAUAUUAAGGUAACAGGAACUCAACCUUAGAGACAUCAUGGUUGGUGUCUUGUUCUUGUGUGUAUUCACUAAUCAAGGUACUUUUGUAAAAUAAUAAGAGAACAUCUUGAUUUGGAUGUGCAUGAAACAACGGAUAUACGUAUAUGCGGCUUGAUCAGUAAUUCUGAGCCUUAACAAAGCCUUGUGGGUGGCUAGUUAUAUGAAUUGGGUUACUAAAGAAAAUGCGAGAGGUAUAAAUGGUUCCUUCAAUCUCAAAACUGCCGAUCUCGCCGUAUAUUCUUACUUGUCUUCCUCUGUAUUUUACUCUUCCUUGUAAUCUCAUCUGUUCCAUUAUGCAAUUACGUGUGUUACGAGAUUAGAAUUGUUUUUAUAGAAGAAAGAAAGAUUACUAAAUCCCAUAAUUUGAGUGAAACAGUAUGGCAAACAGGAUAUUGAGUGAUAUUGAGCUUUAGAUGUAUCUGAACUAAGGCUCAUUUUCCCUAUUAAGCAAACUGAUAAACUACAAGAAAUGUAUCGUGCCUCUCCUACAGGCUUUAGUGUGCCACUGCUGGUUAUCUGGUAUUACUGUUGGAGAGGAGUGUUGGAGGGAGGGAGGAGACUCUUUGGAGACUUCACCUCAGAUGCACAUUGCUCUCCGGCCCUCCCUCAAACACUCCCAUAAUCUUAGGUUGGUAGUGUAUAAGAGCUUCCCCGUAGAGAGAUUCUGCACCCAAUAUUUACUCACAAUGUGACGAGUUGUACCCAUUAGAUGCCAACAACUUUUCAAAGCGCUGUCCUCUUGCUGUAAUGAGACCUACUGAAGAUUUUCCUUCCUCACUACUCGUAAUGUUAUAAAUUGGCCUCAACUUUGCUUUAUUAUCCUUGUCUAUUGUGUUUGUCCUUUUUUACGCUCGGUGCCAGAAGACCGAUAAGAUAAUUUUUGUUCUUUGCGAUUGGUAAAUGGAUGAGACAAGUGGUUCAGUAAAGAAGUAGUAGUCAUCCUUAUAAAUUGUUCACAAAAGUUAUCAGAUAUAAUUUAAGGUAAAGUCUGUUGUUAUUGUUCUUGAUCACAGUAAAGUCUCCUAUGUUAUUGAUCACACUAAAGUCUCUUGUUACUGUUGUUGAUCACAGUAAAGUCUCUGUUAAUACUGUCUAUAUACACCUACCUUAUGAGAAGUUCACAAACUGUACCUCCUGGUGCAUUAGUGUUGUACAUCUCGCAACUAGCAAGCAGUGACUAAAUAUGUGGGUCAGUCUAGGUUUCUCUUGGCAUUAUUAUAUAGCCAACGUGUCAUCCAUGCUCACGAGACACUGUGUGGGAGUCUUAUUGGUGCCUCUGUACUGGUCAUAUCUCUGUGGUAUCAUCAUCAUCGGCCCACAUAGGAUCCUACCUACCUGCUGUCUUGAGUAGAUGACACCUGUAAUUUUCCAUCUUUCAACCACUGGGAAACUAUUUCUCAGAUCUGUGUAGCCACUGUGUUGGUCUUGUACUCUCUCAACAUCAUGUUUAUAGUUUGGGAAUAACAUUGAAGUUCUCUCUAUACUUUUUGUACUGUAUUUUAAAUUGUCUUACUGUUCAAGGAUAUGUGAUCCACUUUAACUCCUAGGUUAGUUAGACAGAAGAACAUGUUUCACCCUUUUGUAUUAAUACCCUGUAUGUGCUUCAAGUUUUGCACGAAAACCCCUAUUUUGUGUUUUGGAGAGCAACGAAAGUUUGUAAAUAUAUUGUGAAUUUGGGGAGUUGUAAUGUCUCCUUUAUGUUAUGAUAAAUUAAUCAUAAUUAUAAGACAAUAAAUUAGCCUAAUUGCAGUAAUAAUUCAUAUCUGAGAGUUGUCAAGAGAAAUUCCAAAAUGGGAACUUUUGUGAGCACACUGACCAGUGGCUACACAGCUCCUAGAGUAAUGAUGGAGGCAGGUUCUCCCAUGCACUUGGUGACCAGUGUCAUAUGAACCCACGAAACUAGUAAUACCUUCAUCUUGACUAAGUUGACAUUCUCCUUGAACUAGAGUUAAUUCAGGGAGUUGCUUGCAGUAUCUGAUCAUUGAUGUUUGUUGCAUAAUACUAGGUAUUUUUCAUGUGCUUUUUUCCAUAUUUAAAGUUUGUAAGCACAAACCGAGAUUAUUUGAAGCAUCAAUUUUGAAGGCUCAUGAACAUUGAAUUAGUUUUAUAAGAGUGACCAAGUUUUCUAAAGAGUGUAAGGCUUAUCUUCUAUCAAUAACCGGUGAUAGAAAUGAGGGAAAUUUGAAUAUGCAGUACUGUACCAAGUAUUGAAAUGGCCCUCUUGUUUUAUGUAGUAUUAACGUACUCUCAUGGGGUUCCUACUUUUGCUAUCUGUUUCUCUUUAACUGAUCUGGGCUAGAUUUUUAAAACAAUCACUUAAACAAUAGUGGAAACAUUUUUAGCGUGUGCUGAUGUUGCAACAGCUGAUUGUCUUGAAAAAUAUAUUGCUCAAGCACUUAUUCUCCUACAGACAAAGUGGUGUUUUAAAAAUCUCUUGCCUAAGCUUCUUCAGCAGUACCACUCUAAGCUCUUCCUCCAACAGAACCAGAUAUGAAAGAAUUGGGGCAUGGUAGUGUUACUUGCCCUACCCCUUUAGAAUGCAUUUAUGAGCUGUAGGACGUGUAAUUUAACCUUAACCCACAAGUUGUCGAGAGCUAGAAUUUAUUCAUCCGACACGGAUGUGAAUUUCUACUUGUGAUGACGGGGGGUUUUACAACAGUGGCGGUUAACACACUCAUGCUGUGAUGACAUUAUAAGUGCGAACUGAUUACAAUUAUGAACACAUAUGAAGACAACGGAAAACAUUGCCUGAGAGGGCUGCCAAUUGUGGCUCACGUAACUACCUGGUGGUGUGGUCAAGUGCCUAGCAAUAUACCCACAAUCAUUAUGUAUGUUAAUGCCUUUAUUAUCAAGCAUCUACUUAUUUAAAACUUUGUCCAUUUAUAGGUUUUAGUAUUUGUUUUACAAAUAAGCAUGAUAACCAAGUCCCCUUUAAGAUAAUACUUUUCUUUAGAUUGAUUCUUGAAUGGUUAAGAUGUUGGCACUGUGUGUGUAUCAUGUCCAACACUUCUUUGUUAGAAUAAGGACAUAUUUAGUAUUUUUUUUAAUAUGCUGUUUCUAAUAUUGAGGUAACAUUUUAAGUUGAAUGUUUAUAAUUACUUGUCCCAAGAGGCAAUAAUGCAUGCCAGUAUCCUCCUGCAUGUGUUGAAGAUGUGUCAUUCAGUAAUUAAGUUUCACAGGCACAAGGAUAUAUUAGGCAUAAUUUAGUUAGUAUUAACCUCAGUAUACAGUAGUGAUGAGUGCCCAGUUGUUUGUAAGGAAGCUGAUCUGAGAUUUUUUUUAAUUGACCUUCAGUAUUCUCCAAACUGCUUAAUGGAGUUAUAUUUACAAACACAUUAGCUUAUCACUGUUGUUGAACAUUAUGAGAAAGGUAGUUUAAACUAAAAUGGUAAUUUACUGUUUUGUAAGAACAAGGAUGUACUGUACUAUGAUUUACUUAACCACACCAUCAGGAACUUGGUUCUUGAAGCCAAAAAUGUGAUAUGACCUUCUGUUUUGAGUCUUGCCAAGGGUUAUCAUAAGCUUCUCUCUCCCACUUGAUUUGGAAAGUGAAUCUUAUUGAAAUAUGGUUUAGAGCUGGGAAUGACAGGUCAGGUCACAGAAGAUAAGGAUACAGCUGUUUGUGAUGCAGCUACGAUUAUCAUCCUGGCACUCUGAACACUACCUUGUGCUGGGAAAGGUUUGUAGCCAUACCAUGAACACUGUUGCAUGGACUUUAUUUUAUGUGUAACUUUCUUAUUUAAGUCAUGUGGUUGGUGGUUCAAUCUUAAGCUUUGUUAUUUUACUCUCUAAGUGAAGGUAGAUCCUACAGUAUAUAUUUAGUGAUUGUGCAUUAAAAACCUAUUUGCUUUCUGGUGACCUGUAUGUCAGUGUCUUAUUGACAGCAAUUUUUUUUUCUGCUUGCAUUUUAGGAUUACAGUGUUUAGAUGCUUGAGUAUUUUUUGACUUUGCUGUUGUCUUCAUGUCUAUUCAUUUAGAAUAUUUGAGGAGUCCUGGGGUGUGACGGUGGCGGCACAUCUGGUGUGGUGUAAGUCCUUGGGAACCCCUGUACUGUACUCAGACCUUAUGUUAAACAUGUAUUCAUUAACCUAUUAGAAUUAUAAUAAAAUUCUCUUGUGACUCUUUACCUUGUUAGGAAAUAAUUAUAAUUCAGGGUGUGUAAGGAGGAGUCACAAGCUCACUGUUAUGUUUUAGGUUUAUGGAACUUUUUAAUAAUAAUGUAUACGAGUACAAUUUGAAUAAUUUUGUUACCACCUAAAUACAGAAGGUAUUUCAAUAAUUCUGCACUUUGUGCUUCUAUAGAUUUAGCCAGAUAAUUCAAGUUGUAUUGUCAUGAGAGAUAAUAUCAGAAUACAGUAUGUAGUUGGCUGACAGGGCUGGUACCAUUGUGAUGCAUAUGGAAAUGUCGGAGGUAGGAUUAACUUUCCAUUAUGGAACAUGGAGCACUAUAACUUUUCAUUACUUGCAUAUAUAUGACUCUUCUGACUGAUUUUUGUAAUUAAAAUUAAAAACUGGAGUAGAUUAUGAUGAAGUUUAAAGAUCUGAUUGCAAGGGAGUUUACCGAUGUUCUUGAUCUGAGAAUUUCAACAAAUCGUGUAAUAAUCCACCAUCUUAGGGUGUAGAUCUUGAAUCAAGGUUUUUGUCUGAAUUAUACAAGAAUAAAUGCUAUCAUAAUUCAGAAUCUUUAAUCACUGGUAAUUAUAUUUGCUUAUGAUUUUAAAAUGAGUAAUAACAGCUUAAACUUCUUCAUACAUUCUAUUUUAAACUCUUGACUCUGCUGCUUAUACAUGUACAGUACAGUUCUUUAUAAAUACAAGAUGUUACACCCCAAAUAUAAUGAAAAUACAUGUGUAUUUUGGUGUUGUUCAAUAAGUAAGGAUCAGGUACAUCUGUGUGUAUUCAGCAUUCCCAUUUCUGUAAUUACAGCAUAAUACUGUACAGUAUUUUGAAUUUUGUUGAAUGGUAUAGUGAAGAAGUUUACAUGAUUAUUUGUAAUUUUAACACAUUUGUACCCUCUUUUUUUUUUUUUUUUUUCCAACAGUUUACCUACAUAUUUGCUGCAGUUUUCUGGUAGUGUGCACAGAACAGUCAUCUAAAUGUUAGAAAUUAUUUGAGUGCAUGGUGGUACCAGUAUCCCAGUAGUCAUCAUUAUAUGUCAUGGCAGAGUAUAUGUGGGGUGGUCCUGGCUCUGUGCACACCAUCACCACCGCCAUUACCCCAGCAUUACCACCCUGGAUGACCCUGACAGAGCCGCCCCAACUUGAUGUGAACCUUAUUACAAAAUUGAUGUUGCUCUUGUUCUUCAUUUACUGUAUGUAAGAAGCUUCUGGUGCAGUAUUGAAGCUGCAGGCACUUUUGUUGUGGAUAUUUUUUGCUCUUUUGUUUGAUUAAGAUCUUGUAAAAAAAAAAAGGGUUCUUUUUGUACACUGUAGCAGUUAUUUAUAGCAUAAAUGUAUUUUUGACAGGAAAUUUCUUCGCACAAUUGUUCAAUUAUCUACAUUGAUGUAGAGCAGGAAAGAAAAUGUACAAGUUUUUUAUGUAUAAAAUAUGGAAAAGGAUUAGUUUACCUUAUGUAUGAAGAUUUUUCUUUAAUCUUACAAUUAUUCCCAAGUUAUUUUAAGAUUGAAUAAUCAUCAGAGGUUUAUUGAAGUAUUUUUAUGCUGUAGAUUAUGCAUCAGGACUAACUUCUCUCCAGUCUCGGCUCUGUUAUGGUCAAACUACAAUAAAAGGUUGAUCUGA